ACAGAUGGAAAAAUUGAUUUAGAAGUUUCUUUGAAUUUCCCUUUGGAUGAAAUUGUGGAAUACAACAAGUUUGCCUCUCAUCCCAUGCUAAUUUAUUUUGAAUCACUGAAUGAAGUAGAACAAAUCUUUCAAAAAUCAACGAGCAAUAAUAAAAACGAUAUUAAACAGACAUGGGUCUGUAUAGUGGACUUGUUGCCAUUAGUGUAUGAUGGUACUAGUGAUGAAGCGGAAACACGUGUUCAAAUGUGCGGACAGUACCCGUUGAAGGGGAUCGGUGAGCGCAAUCAGAAUUUGCUGUCGGACGCGGCGUACUUAAGCGCGACCAUAUCGUGUCCGGCCGGACUGAUUCGGAUUGGAUCGACGACGCCAAACAACGUAUUAAACAUCGCCGUGCACGGCCUGUAUAAUCCGUCGUUGAGCAGCCAUCGGCGUCAAAGUCGUGAGUCGGACACCACGUGUUCGGCCAUACUGCACCUGCCCUCGGCAAUCGACUCGGAAAUCCAUAACUCCGUAUUUGAGCGUGGCACGUACACAGACGUAACGAGGGACGUAAACGAUCUGCGAUGGUUCAGCUUGGAUAACAUGCCGGCAACCGUUUCCACCACAGGUCAGAGGUUCGAGGAAUACAACGGCAUAGUGGUGAAUUCGGCGAAAAUUCCCAAACCAAAAAACGUACUGUUCAAAGGGCCCAGAUUCGAAUGGAAUUUAUGGAACCGAUUUCUCAUGAACGAAAUAUCUUCAUAUGCAUUACAAGACUUCAUAUUCAAACAAAGAUAUCUACUUGUCACAUUUUUAUUUAACGAAAACAACCACAUGAUGAUAAACAAUACUAGAAAAACACCUUCCCGGGAGUCAAAUACGAGCAUCAAAAAUGAAGUAGUAUUUGUAGCUUUUUUGGAUUUGUCGAAGUUAUUAGAGCCAAAUUGUACUUCAAUAAGAUGUUUGUCCAUUGUUCAUAAUAUUGACGUAGAAAUUGUAAAACAUAACGAAUUGUCAUUCAAAAAUUUUGACCUUGGUAAACUUAUAAAGACAAAUAUCGAAGAAGAUUUGAAAAAGUCUAGUACACCAGUGUUAGAGACGUCUGACAAUGAAGGGGUGUUCACUCAAAUGUCUACCGAAUGGGCAUUUCCUUUUAUAGUUGUUGACAUUUCCGUGAAUUAUUCACUUUACGAUCAGUAUUUAAAAUAUUUAACAUCAAGACAGAUCACUUUGAUGCAGAUGAAUAUUAUUCCUGAAUUCUCACAAGCUGUAAUAUGUAACGGGCCAACGUUAAAUAAGUAUCAAGAUACCUUAAAAAAUAUCAUAGAAACGUUGAUAAAUAACUCGGAGAGAAUUAAUGAUCAAAAUAGUUUAAAUGUAGAAAAAUAUGUUCACGAACUUCAAAUUUCUGAGACGUACAAGUCAAUGUAUUCGUUGUUAUUCGGCGAAAUCCAACUGUAUAUUCGAGAAAACUAUGAAAGCCCUAUGAUUGGAGAAACAAUUCAGAGUUUCGUAAAUCGUAUUUUCACGGAUUUGGUGAAUAAAAUGAAGAAUGCAGUAGAAUCAUUCGAGUUUCCGCAACAUGGCAGUGUUGAUAACAUACAAUUCGAUUGUGUGAUCGUUUAUGCCAGAGAAGCGGACGAGAUGGAACAGUUGGAACGCGCCAAAAUAUUUUACUUUGACAUUAUUUGUAUAUGCCGCAAUACAGUUGACCAUUCACGAGGACAACAACAAUGGCGAAAUCGUGUUGAAAUCUUUGAUAAUGAGUCACGGAGACUUCAGCGAAGUGUACGCCCUGCUCAGUGUUUAUUAUUCAAUACUGAACAUGUAUGAAUCCAGCUACAUCAUGCUGCAAAGGGCUGAAAGGUGUGUUGAAUUAGACAAGUUUGAAAAUGAUAGUCUCAUUCGCGAAAAUCUUUUGAGUUGGACACCAAUAAGUCAUGAAAACGAUCCAUUGAUUAAAUGUGUAAUUUUAUUAUUAGAAUUCGAAUUAGUAAAAUUGGCGACAUAUUGUUUAAAAUUAGUAAAAGAUCAAAAUGAACAAUAUCAUUAUUACAUGGCAGUAUGUGAAUACAAAAAAGGAAAUUAUUCAGCAAGUUUAGAACAUUUAAAAAAUGAU